GCGCUGCUCGUUUGUGUUUGCUAGCGUGUUACACACUUAGUCACAGCGCCUUUUGCUCUCGGGACCUGUGAGCCGUCUCCCUGGCACCAGACGCAGCCCAAACUGCGCGCGAGGCUCGCCCCAACCCCAGGCUCCGGCACGCGCUCGCUGCCCCGCGCAGUCCACUCCCAAUAAUGGGCCAUCCUCCCCUGGAGCCGCCGCCCACCAAAGCCAGCGUCGCGCGCGCGGACGCCAAGAAGGCGCCCUGGCUCCUCCCGCAGAACCAGGUCGAGGCCACGCACACGCCGCGCACAGAUAAAGUCGAGAACGGCUACGGGCUCCCGACGACGUUAUACAGCAUCACGCACCUCGGCCACGCCGACUUUAGCACCGCGGCCACGAAGGGCCGCGUGCAAGAAAAAGCCUGCUUCGUCAACAAGCGCUUCCACAACCCGUCGCGCAAGAACCUGCACAUGCAGGUCGCGUACCCGGAAACGAUCGCGAAAUUGCAGCCCCUGCAGGGCGACCUCUCGCGCGCCGUCACGCCGCCGCAGCUCAAGGAGAUGGACCCGACGAAGCGCAAGACGCGCGGCGAGGAGCGCCAGAUUCCCUACGAGGAGACGAACCCCGCCGACACGCGGAUGCGGUAUGGUUUGACGCUGAAAACGAAGGACGACCGAGAAAGGAACAAGCGCGAGAUGAACCGCUGCCAGAUCGAUUUUAGUUCCGAGCCGCACUUCUCGCCGCGGGGCCGGCCGACGUCGGCGCCCUGGGGCACGGAUGGCAACCUCGACGCGGCGCGCGACCCGCCGGCGCAGCGGCCCGCGCCGUUCUACGACGGCGACGACACGAGCAUGCGGCUUCGUGCGACUUAGCGCGCGUGCAUUGUAUUAACCUCGAAGAUUAGUAUA